AUGAUUAAAGCAUUAUUUAAACAAAACGUUAUAAAUUCGUUAUAUUUUCAUUUUCAAAUUUCUAGAAAUUAUAUAACGAGUAAUAGUAGACUUGAAGGCAAAAACAUAUUCAUUACUGGAGCUUCUGCAGGCAUUGGCGAAGCAUGUGCUAAAGAAUUUGCUAAAGCAGGAUCGAAUUUGAUACUGACUGCAAGAAGAGUUGAACGGCUUGAUCAACUUAAAGAUGAACUUUUGAAAAAACACCCUACAAUAAAAAUCUAUACACAUAAUUUAAAUGUUUGUGAGAAAUCUAAUGUAGAUCGAUUAGUUAAUUCAUUACCAACAGAUUUUAAAGAUAUUGAUGUGUUGAUUAAUAAUGCAGGUUUGGUUAUUGGAUUAGAUAAAGUUGAAGACAUAUCAGUUGAUGCUAUGGACACAAUGAUCAACACAAAUAUCAAAGGUUUAUUAUAUGUUAUUCAAGCCAUUCUUCCAAGAAUGAAGGAACGUCAAAAAGGACACAUCAUCAAUGUUGGAUCAAUUUCAGGAAAACAAGUUUAUGAUAAAGGUUCUGUUUAUUGUGCUACGAAACAUGCUGUUAAUGCAAUUUCAAAAACUUUGCUUCUCGAAUUAGUCGAUACACCAAUCAGGGUCACUGAAAUAAAUCCUGGGAUGGUAGAAACUGAGUUCUCUAUUGUUAGAUUCUAUGGAGAUAAAGAGAAGGCUAAUAAAGUGUAUGAAGGAUUGACACCUUUAAAUGGAACUGAUGUUGCCGAAAUAAUUGUUUUUGCUGCAUCUCGACCUGAUCAUGUAAAUAUUGCUGAUGUAUUGGUGUAUCCUGUUAACCAAGCUGCUGUCACUACUGUUCAUAGAAAAUUAUAG